GAGACCCCGGGGCCUUGGAGGGGAGUCCAACCCCUGGGUGGAAAUCAUCAUCAUCAUCGUAAUCAUAAACCCGGUACAGCAGGAGCUGCGGCGGUUAGUCGGGCGAGACCAUGGCGAGCGAAGAGGAGGGGGAGCUGAAGGUUCCCGAGGAGAUGUUCAAAGAUGUCAAGUUCUACGCGGUGGGAGACAUAGACCCCCAGGUAAUUCGACUUCUGAAAGACGGCAAGGCAAAGGAGGUUUCCUAUAAUGCUCUGGCAUCACACAUAAUUUCAGAAGAUGGAGACAAUCCCGAAGUUGGAGAAUCACGUGAAGUAUUUGAUCUUCCUGUAGUAAAACCUUCCUGGGUGAUUUUGUCAGUUCGAUGUGGAGCUCUUCUGCCAGUGAAUGGUUUCUCCCCAGAAUCCUGUCAGAUCUUUUUUGGAGUUGUUGCUUGUCCAUCUCAGGUUUCUUCUGAAGAUCGAAGUACGCUGUGGGCUUUGAUUACUUUUUAUGGUGGGGAUUGCCAGUUGAGACUCAAUAAAAAAUGCACUCAUUUGAUUGUACCUGAACCAAAAGGGGAAAAAUAUGAAUGCGCAUGUAAACGGGAGAAUGUUAAAAUCGUGACACCUGACUGGGUUUUAGAUUCCAUCUCUGAUAAAACCAAAAAAGAUGAGGCAUCCUACCAUCCUCGGUUAAUUAUAUAUGAGGAAGAGGAGGAGGAAGAAGAGGAGGAGGAGGAAAAUGAAGAUCAGGAUUCUCAAAAUGAAGCUAGUACAGAUGAAAAAUUAUCAAGUCCAGCAUCUUCUCGAGAAGGGUCACCUUUGGGUGAUCCACCUUUUUCACCUAAAUCUAUUGAUGCUAACAAAACAAAAGGAGAACUGAUGUUUGAUGAUUCUUCAGAUUCCUCUCCUGAAAAGCAUGAGAGAAACUUGAACUGGACACCCGCUGAAGUUCCGCAGGCUGCUACUGCAAAGCACAGAUUAUCAUCUGGCAAGGAUUCCGGAUUGAUUAAUUUUUCUGGACGUCCUGAAAAGAUGGCUACGUGGAGCACGGCAGUUCGGACAUUAAGGAAUAUUACUAAUAAUGCUGAUAUUCAGCAAGUUAAUAGGCCGUCAAAUGUAGCACAUAUCUUACAAUCCCUUUCAGCACCUACAAAAACUUUAGAGCAGCAGGUAAACCACAGCCAACAGGGACAUUCAAAUGCAGUGUUGCUUAGUCAAGUUAAAAUGACGCCUGAAACGCACUUACUGCAGCAACAUCAACCGCAGCAGCAACAGCAGCACCAUUCUCUCUUGCACCUCCAGCCUCAGCAAAUCAUGCAGUUGCAGCAGCAGCAGCAGCAGCAACAACAGCAGCAGCAGCAGCAGCAACCUCCAGUUGCUCAGCAGCCUUUUCCUCAACAACCUCAUCAGUUUGCUCCACAACAGCAGCAAGUUCAUCAGCACCAGUUUUCUCAGCAGCAGCUACAGUUUCCUCCCCAGCAGUUGCAUUCCCAACAGCAGAUCCAUCGCCCUCAGCAGCAGUUACAAUUUCAACAACAGCAUGCCUUGCAGCAGCAGUUGCAUCAGUUACAGCAGCAACAGCUACAGCAGCAACAGUUACAACUACAACAGCAAAACCUUCAGCAACAGCUGCAGCAUCAACAGCAAAUUCAGCAGCAACAACUGCAGCAGCAACAUUUGCAGCGAAUGCAGCAGCAGCAGCAACAACAACAACAAAUUCAAAAUCCACCAUCACAACACUUGAGUCAAACUUCUCAGGUGCUACAACAUCAGGUUCCAGUUCAGCCACCACAACAUCCCCAGCCACAGCAGCUGCAGCAACAUCAAUUGUUUGGGCAUGAUCCUUCUGCAGAAAUUCCGGAAGAAUAUUUCUUAUUGGGUUGCGUUUUUGCAAUUGCUGAUUAUCCUGAACAAAUGUCUGAUAAACAGCUGUUGGCAACAUGGAAAAGGAUAAUCCAAACACAUGGUGGAACAGUAGAUCCCACGCUCACAAGCCGAUGUACACAUCUUCUCUGUGAAAGUCAACUUAGUAAUAUGUAUGCUCAGGCUUUGAGAGAGAGGAAGAGAUGUGUUACUGCACAUUGGCUGAAUUCUGUGCUAAAGAAAAAGAAAAUGAUACCACCCCAUCGAGCUCUUCAUUUUCCAGUAGCAUUUCCACCAGGAGGGAAGCCAUGUUCUCAGCAUAUAAUCUCAGUGACGGGUUUUGUAGAUAGUGACAGAGAUGAUCUCAAACUGAUGGCCUAUUUAGCAGGUGCAAAAUACACAGGCUAUCUUUGUCGCAGCAACACUGUUCUUAUCUGCAAGGAGCCUACAGGCUUGAAGUAUGAGAAAGCCAAAGAGUGGAGAAUACCAUGUGUGAAUGCCCAAUGGCUUUGUGAUAUAUUACUUGGAAAUUUUGAAGCACUACGGCAGAUACAGCACAAUCGAUACACGGUGUUCAGCCUCCAAGAACCACUUGCUCCUAAUCAGCACCUUGUUCUCAACCUUCUUGAUGCUUGGAGAGUGCCACUGAAGGUAUCGACAGACCUUCUCAUGGGUAUGAGAUUACCGCUUAAACCAAAGCAGAAUGAAUCAGUAAUUCAGCCUUCAACCAAGCGGCCAAGAAUUGAAGACUUGCCAACUCCUACUAAAAAACUGACACCAGAAUUGACUCCAGUGGUGCUCUUCACAGGAUUUGAACCUACACAGGUUCAUCAGUACAUCAAGAAACUCUACAUUCUUGGGGGUGAAGUAGCAGAAUCUGCCCAGAAGUGCACACAUUUAAUAGCCAGUAAAGUGACCCGAACUGUAAAAUUCCUAACAGCAAUUUCUGUUGUAAAGCAUAUAGUAACUCCAGAAUGGUUAGAAGAAUGUUUCAAGGGCCAGAAGUUCAUAGAAGAACAAAGCUACAUACUCAGAGAUGCAGAAGCUGAAGUUCUCUUUUGUUUCAGUUUAGAAGAGUCCCUGAAGAGAGCUCAAGUAGCACCUCUCUUUAAGGGGAAGUACUUUUAUAUUACACCUGGAAUUUGCCCUAGUCUUUCCACCAUGAAGGCUAUUGUGGAAUGUGCAGGGGGAAAGGUGUUGUCCAAGCAGCCUUCUUUCCGGAAACUCAUGGAACACAAACAAAACAAAAGCCUGUCAGAGAUUAUCCUGAUCUCUUGUGAAAAUGAUCUUCACUUGUGUCGAGAAUACUUUGCAAGAGGCAUAGAUGUUCACAAUGCAGAGUUUAUUCUGACUGGUGUUCUUACUCAAACGCUGGAUUAUGAAUCAUAUCCUUUCAUGUGCUAG